UCCAAAUAUCUGCUAUGAGAAAAGAUCAUCUCGUUAGAAUAGAUCGUUUUCCAGACAAGUCAGAUUUUAAACUACAUAAAUGUGACUCAGUAAAAAAGUGAUUUUUGGUCUACUACUUGAAUUCAGGCCAUAUUAGUCAAUAUGUUUUGAUUACAAACUAGACGUUGAUUCCUACAACUUGUCCAUUGAACUUUAAGCCUAAAUUUUUAGACACGAAUCAUUCGAAGGUGAAUUAAACCUAGUUCUACGAUUCAGUCAGUAAUCCUAUAAGAGAAGAAAGCUCACGUAAAAGAAAAUUCUGGCAAUGGAAAGUUCGACUCCAAAUACGCGACGCAAGCCAAAUCGAGCCCUUCUUGGUGAUACUCCCCAGUUCACCCCACUGAAGAUAAAAGGACGCUUUGCGCCAACUGAUCCUGAUAUAUUAAGUGAAUCAAAUGAUGAUCUCGAACGGGCAGAGAGAAGAAAAUCUAGGGCUCUUAGGAAAUCAAUUGUAUCCUUACCACAUUCUACCGAAGCGAAUGCUAAUAGGCAAUCAGGUGUGACUGCUUCUGAGUCACCAGCUCUUAACGACUCGGUAAUGCGUCUCAGUGACGCGGACUUAAAGACUCAAUUGAACACAUUCUGCAAACUAAGUGCUGAAAAUAAAAUCAGCACUAAGAAUGCGUGGCAUAUUCGAGUAAUUGAUGUGCUUAAACAAAUUGUUAGCAAAGACAAUACAGACGUGCUCAAAGUGGCGGGGACGUCUCUGAUAGUCGCGGCCAAAGUAUAUGGUUUAAGAGUGGAUGAUUUACAUGCCGAGAGCCUAAAGCUCGCCGCUAGCUUGGGCAGAAAUUUUGCCAACAGAGAUAAAGACGAUGAUGGAAAUGACGAGCAAACAAGUCAAACAGCUGAAGAAGGGCAAAAGAAAAAAUCAGAGCGGAGGAAAAAGCGUAUUCUUCUCCAUGAUAACAAGAAGCUCACCAUUGAACCAGACAGUUCUUCCUUUCUGGGCCCCCUCCCUAAAUUAGAAUCUAAUUUCUUUUCCACCAAAACUGAAAGUGGAUUAAGUGCAACCGAUAAUUUGUCUACAAAUAAAUGUCGAAUGGAUCCAUCUGGAUGUAGAUUUUUAUUCGGAACUACCGAUAAGGUUUCUCAGUGGACGGCAGGUAGUGACAAAUCCGUAAAUUUGAAUAAGACUAUUCCGAUUACUUUAAAGCCUAUAAAAACCAGCAUGUUGUGUGCUCAACUCAAAGAUUUCCAAACAGAUAAUUGGAAUCCCAACCAGGAGUACGAUGAGUCCUAUAAGAUUAGAACAGAGUUAGAAGAUGUCGUUCAAGAUGAAAAUGGUUUUCCGAUUGCAGAAAUAGACGGAUCUUUGCAUGAUGUUUUCAAUGAGCCCGAUAAUCAAGACGCUGAUGGUUCAGUGGUAGAAGAAAACGCUGUCGGGCUUAUUCGUCAAGAUUUAGAGUACAUUGUCAAUUUCGUUCCCACUGAGAGCCAUCUGAGUAGCAGAGCAGAUACGUCCCUAUUUUCAUUUAAUGAUGUCAUAGAUACCCGAUUUGGAAAAAUUGAGAAAAUGUGGGCUGGUCCGAGCCAUUGGAAAUUGAAGUUGCUCAAACCAAGAACUUCGGCGUAUUCAGGAAAAGACGAGAACGUGCAGAAAGUGCCCCUGAGGAAAAAAUCAAAUAAAAAGUGCGAGCCUGAGUACAUUGAUAUGUGGAAAAUAUAUCAAGAAGAGCUAAACAGAACAGAAGAUGUUCCAGAAAAUCAUAAAAAGUUCAGCUGUAAAAAAUUUAGCGUGUCAGACCAAAAUAAAGUUAACCUGCCACUGCAAGAUAGAUUAUGCAGAGAUAUCAUCGAGAACAUCGACUACUUAAUGACUGUUCCCACUAAACGAAUUGUAAAGAAAAAGCCAGACGCAGUGGAGUGUUCUGUGACAGGUUAUAAUUAUGAUAAUCCAAAUGAUAGCAAUUACUGUCCACAACCAAAUGCAGAUGAUGAUAAUGGCGCUGAUUGCCUUGAAAGGAGCGGUAGAAGUUCAAGUCCACAAGCUUUUACUGGAGAUAAUCUUGUAGAAGCGCCCGAAAUGGUUGAACAAAUUUUUACGAAAUACGCCACUAAAGCAAAGAAAAUGAACAUGGCAAAAUUGAAAGAGUUCACCUGGUGUAUUCUAACAGGAAAGGAGAUAUUUAAUCCAUCAGCAAAAGUGGUACCUAUCCACUUCUCAAAAAUGUACAGCGAUUUACCGAAGAUACUUCCAGAAAAUAUGGCAAACGAGUUGAGUUGCCAUUUGUCGUUUGUCGCAUUACUCCAUUUGUGUAAUGAACAUAAUCUUGAAUUAAGAAAACAAAAUGAUAUUUCGGAUUUUGAAAUAUUAGGCCCUUGAUCACUUCGGCAAAGCGUGUACUUGCCUUUCUAAAAUUAACGAAUUUAUUCGAAAUAAACGGCUUAAAAUGAGAAAAAUAAGUUGUUUUCUAAAAAGGUAAAAUAGUUCUG